CUGAAACAAGAAAAAGAAGCGAAGAAACCGCAACAGAAAACACGUAAAACACCCGCCGCGGCGUCCAUCGUAGUAACAUCGUUGUUAUUCUCGCGCAGUUUUACGGUGGAAAAUCCGCACAACCAGGUAGGAAAUCCCGCGAAAAACGUCCCCCCGAAUCCGGCCAACAAUGGAACGCAAACCGGAAACGCAGAUCCAGAACGCUCCGAGCGACAUCAUCUCGUCGGUAAAGUUCUCCCCCAACACCAAUCAGUUCCUGCUGGUGUCCAGCUGGGACUCCAGUGUCCGGUUGUACGACGUCGUGAACAACACCCUGCGCCAGAAGUACUACCACGACGCGCCGGUGCUGGAUUGCGCUUUUCAUGAUUCAGUCCGCACGGUAAGCGCCGGACUGGACAACCUAGUCAAACUGUACGAUCUGAACACACACGCCGAGAGCAUCCUCGGAAGCCACGACGCCGGAGUGAAAUGCGUUGAGUACUCGUCCAAAGCGAACGGGAUACUGACCGGAAGUUGGGACAAGACGGUUCGGCUGUGGGACAUCCGAGACAAGGACUGCGUCGGGAAGUACGAGCAGAGCAACGGGAAGGUGUACUCGAUGAGCUGCAUCGACGAGAAGCUGGUGGUGGCCACCUCCGAGCGGAAGGUUUUGGUGUGGGAUCUACGCAACAUGGGUCAGUAUCUGACCCGGAGGGAGUCCUCGCUCAAGUUCCAGACCCGUGCCAUCCGGUGCUUCCCGAACAAGGAGGGCUAUGUGAUGAGUUCCAUCGAGGGUCGGGUUGCCGUGGAGUACUUCGACAUGGACCCGGAAGUGCAGAAGAAGAAAUUCGCAUUCAAGUGCCACCGCUCGAAGGAGAACAACAUGGAGCUGAUCUACCCGGUCAAUGCCGUUAGUUUCCACAAUGUGUUCAACACGUUUGCCACCGGCGGUUCCGAUGGGUACGUGAACAUCUGGGACGGAUUCAACAAGAAGCGACUGUGUCAGUUCCACCUGUAUGAUAGCUCGAUCUCGUCGCUUGCGUUCAGCUACGACGGAAGCACUCUGGCCAUUGCGUGUUCGUACCUGGACGAGGCGGAAGUGCCACCGGAACCGGUUCCACAGCCUACGUUGUACGUGCGCUACGUGAGCGAGGCCGAAACGAAGCCGAAAUAAGGCGGACUCGGAUUUAGAGGUUUUUAAGGUAGGUUUAUGUUGCUCCGUGUAUUUUGUGAAUAAAUUAAUGUUCUCUGAAGGCAA